AUGGAACUGAACUACUACAAGAAAAAUAAUGAAGAUCUUGAACGUUAUCGCGAUCCUGAUGGCAAAGAAAAUUUUCGAGAUACAAUUCCAUUUGAUGAUCGUGAUUUACUAGAAGUACCAGCACGUAAUGCUGCUGAAUAUGCACAAAAAUUGGUGCAGGAAAUGUUUAAACCAGAUGAAUUAGAAUCAAGUUUAUUGCCAUCUCCACUUGCGAAGAGAUUUUCGAAGGUUGAACAGGAUCAAAACCGAUUUAAUCUGUUAAAUGGUACUGCGAUGGAUCUUUGA